UGAAAGUGACCAAGUGGCGAGUAAAGCGACUUACCCAACACACGCAUAACACAUAGCGCGAUUGUAUGCGCGCACAUCGUCUCGUACCUCUGUGACAACCUAUCGGGUAGACUCGGCCAUCGCGAACAGCAAAGGUUAAAAGGAAAAAAAGGGUUGCAACUGAGAUUUUGGCUCGUUCUGCUGUUGCAAGCAAGUGCCUCGCUGCAAAAGAGUUGCAGCAAUUUACAGGAACACAAGGGGAAUGAGGAGGACAGUCUGCCGGGUGUGAGAUCCGGAGCCCCCGCUCAGCGAACAACCCCAGUGGAUCAGUAGCGACAGGAACGCCAGGGUUCAUUUCAAGUUUCGACAAGGCAGCCUCGGAUCAAAAGUGUGCUUAUGGUAAAAGGAUACCGUUGAGACCUUUGCACGGAAUCGCGCCCAGGACAAGGACGGACAAAAAUAUAAAUUUAUCCCAGUAUAAUCGGAGACCAGUGAUCGGCGACAAUGGCGAUAAGAAACUCGCUUUGGAAAUACUAUUUGGGAAUUUUGUGCGUUUUCUGCAGGGUGGCUGUAUCAAACUGUGAAAUUUUGGCACCUAUAUAUUGGAAUUCCUCAAAUCCCAAAUUUCUACCGAGCAAAGGACUGGUGAUGUACCCACAGAUAGGAGACAAACUAGAUAUAAUCUGCCCCAAGGUGGAUUCCAGGAUCACUGGACAGUAUGAAUACUUCAAACUGUACAUGGUGUCAAAAGAUCAAGCAGACAGCUGCAACGCCGUGCCCAGCCCUACGCCAUUACUCAACUGCAACAAGCCAGAUCAAGAUGUCAAGUUUACCAUCAAGUUUCAGGAGUUCAGCCCUAACCUCUGGGGACUGGAAUUCAAGAAACAUGAGGACUACUACAUUAUUUCAACAUCAAAUGGUACUUUGGAAGGACUGGAAAACCGGGAGGGAGGAGUGUGUCAGACCAAAGCCAUGAAGCUUAUAAUGAAAGUUGGACAAGAUGCAAAUUCUAUGGAACGAAAUGAAAAAGCAACCAGUGUUCCUGGAAAUGGACGAGAUGGCACCACAAGCAAGCCCACUCAAAAGACUGAGAAUGAAGGUGGGACACACUCACAGAGUAGUGACAGUAAGUCUUCCACUACACCCAGGGAUUCGGGUAAGAGCAAGUUCCUCAACUCCGAUGUGGCCUUAUUUGCUGGCAUUGGAUCGGGCUGUGUGAUCUUCAUCAUCAUCAUCAUUAUGUUGGUGGUUCUGCUGCUGAAAUACAAGAGACGUCACAGAAAGCACUCUCCGCAGCAUACCACCACUCUCUCUCUCAGCACGCUGGCCACCCCCAAGCGGGCCGCUAAUAAUAAUGGCUCUGAACCCAGUGACAUUAUCAUUCCAUUAAGGACUGCAGACAGUGCAUUUUGUCCACAUUAUGAAAAAGUCAGCGGAGACUAUGGACAUCCUGUGUAUAUAGUCCAGGAGAUGCCACCACAGAGCCCGGCAAAUAUAUACUACAAAGUCUGAGUUCAGAGGACAAAAGGUAGUUUGGGAUUCUGAAGAAUACUCUUGGCCUGUUGCAACCUGGGUCUUCUGCUGAAAUUAGUGGUGACUCUUACUCUUUGCACCAGGAUUGACUUUAAAUAUGUAGGAGAAUUAAAAGGGGAAAAUGGAAGCUCUGCAGGAAAUUCAGCUGAAGAGAGAGUUGGUUAGUGUCUAUGGUUUGUGUAGGAAUCUGCUUAAAGUUAAAUACCAGGAGCAACAAGUUGGAGGAGAGUUGAGUCAGGGACUCAAUCGAACUGUUCCACCUUCGACUUUCACCAUUCAUUUAUGGACCACGUGUUACAAACAUACCAGGAAGCAAAAAGCAAAUGGAUGUUUGAACUAUCUAUCACUGUAUUUAUGACCAAUAAGGUUUUACGCUUUGGAUAUUCAGCAAUAGAAAAUAGUCAGUCUGUACUUUCCCUAGACUGUUAACUUUUAUAUUAACCGGAUUUCAUAAAUCCACUUCAGUCCUUGUUCUUGUGCUCUUCGAGUUUUACUCCCUCCUAUUGUUUCCCUGUUACAGUAUUACUUAUUAACCUGAAGGCCAUUUUGCCUUCGAACACAAUCACUAGAACUUCAGGAGCUUUGUGGAAAUUGCCACAAUGUUAACCUUUAUUAACCAUCCCAGUCACCAGGUGAUAGUAGACGCACAGCAGCUACAUUCUAAUCAGUUACACAUAGAUGUGGGGACACAUUACAGAUAAGCAGGAGACUGCAAGUUUACCUGUGACAUUUAACUGCAUUUGCAGUUGUAUGCUGCUGUCUUUUGAAUCUGAGAAGGAAGUGUAGAGAUAGAGAUUAUUAGGGAGCACUUUGGUACUAAAAGUUCCAAGAUGUAGACUGGUAGGACAUGGUGACAAGCACAGUGCUGUAGGACUGCACUUUAAAUGAACUAAAAUAAUUAUUUUGAGCAAAAUUGAUAGAGUGAAAUGCCUCUUUUUUUAAGGGAAAGGGCCAACAUCAACGAAUAAAGGCAUCAGUGGGGAUAGCUUAUGAUGCUCUGCAGAACAGUGCAACGAUGGUGUAGACACACUAAGGGAAUGUACUGCCUUCCAGUUUGAAUGCUUUAUAUGAAUAGACUGUAGAGCAGUCUCUGUAUUACAUGGUACAGCUUCUGAUACUGUAGCUGGAAUAGCUCUGCAGCUUGAAUGACCUUUAAGGGAUAUCCUUGAAAUACUCGUUGGACACACACACAAAAAUACUCUACAUAAAAUGGACAAUAGAAUAGAAGGGACCAAGUGAUGAAAUGCCAGACACAGUCAUUGGGUUAUUAUGGGUCAAUAUUUCUGGUCAGAAUUGCUCUGCAAGUAUAUAUUGUGGAUAGAGAGGGCCAUUGGAGCAUUAGACUAUCUGGAUGAGUGAAACCAGCCACAAAAUGUUUGGACAUUUGCCUCUGGGAAUGAAAUUUAGUUUCGAUAAAUAAAUGACUGAAAUAAGAGUCUCAUAAGAAAACAACAGGUAAAAAUAAAUACUGCUUCGUACUUGCAAAAAAAGGAAGGAUUUUUUUAUCUGUGAUCAAUUAAUGUACACACAAGCCUAUAUUUUAGAAAAUAUCUUUUAAACAAUAGUGCCCUGGCAUUGUUAGUCUGUUUGAAAAUCAUCUUCAGCCUUGGGGUGAGCUGCAGCAUAGUGUGAUAUUAAUCACCAUCCUGUGAUAUCUGGCAGCAUAAAUUCAAAGAUCACACAGUAAUAGCUGCACGAAAGGCUGGUCUCAGGAAUCCCAAAAGGGAACCUGCAAAAUGGUUGCCUAACCUAAUCCUUGAACCUAAAAAUUACGUUAGCAACAAAAGUGAAGCACUUUUGCAUAUACUUAGACUGUUGCCAUGGUGAUGAAGUACAUUACAUGUGCAUCCGAUUCUCUACCAUUUCCAUGCAAAGUGUUAUUUUUGUGGGCCUUUGGGAUAUGCAACAUUUUAGCAGAGACACUUCUUGGUUGUACACAAUUGUGUUUGUUCUUUAAGAAUUAUUUUAUGGAUUAUCUGCAUAUGGCUGUGUUGUCAUUUUAAAGCAGACUGUGUAAAUGGCAGGUGAAGUUCAACAUUGAAAUUAAAACUCGUAUGGCGUUGACGGGAUUGCUGGUUGUGUCCAAUGUAGAGUAAGGCACUUUAAACGGUUUGCUUAUGGUUUGUCUUACUCAUCCCUCCCAAAACUAAUGUCACUGUAACUGCCUUGCAGACACAAUCAUCCUCUCACCUGCUUUUAGAAGUUGCAUUGCACAAUAAACUGAUGUAAGUUGUGAAGCUGUAAAUGCGUGGGAUAUUUUCAUGUGUUACGAUUUGGGCAGGGCAGGAGAAGAGAGUUAAAAUAGCCUUAUUCACCUUUUUAGUAACAGAAGUUCACAAUAGAGCAUGAAUCUGAUUUUUUUCCCUCAAGUAAAAUGUUUUGUGUAAAUAGAAGAUUUUUUUAAAAACAAAUUCUAAGGAGGAAGUUUUGUAUAAAAUCUGAAUUUUUUGCAACGUAUUUUUAGCUACAGCUUGUUUUCAAGGCAGUGUCAUUCCCCUUAUGCACUGUUUCAAAAUGGAGAAAAAAGAAAAUUGGUAAAUUUAUCAAAUUGACCACUGCAUUUUUGUGCCAUGAAUAUUUAUUUAAUUGUUCCUUUGUCCAGUUUGUACACACAGUAUUAAGCUUGCUUUAUAAAUAUUGACUGUUGCCUUUACAUACGUUCCCCACUUUUUGUAAUCUCUUCUUUCCAUCAUCCUUUUCGGAAGUGUUUAAUUUUCACCUACACUCCCCUGCUGUCGAAGGAAAAACAAACAAAAUUAAAAUCACAUUCCACUAGUCUGUUACAAACUGAAAUUGUUUUUAAAUAAAAGAUUUUUUCCUAUGGAAAGCUGGCUGGGAUUCUGUUUUUAUUUCUUCCUCCUUGUGCUUCCUGAAAUCUGCCUAAAAACAAAAUGACUUGUUUGAAUAAAAUGUAAGAGAAUCAAUAACUUGGAAGUUCUCAUUUCCCUUUGGUGAGGUCAUGCAGUGUUCCUACCUCCUGACUGCUGUCACUUUGGAGAGGGACCUGUAAUAGUCAGGUGAGAAGGUUGGCUUGGCUGCAGUGCCUUAUCAGCCCAAGUUCAACAGUCCUGCUGGCACCCACUGGCGUCAACAAAUCACAUCUCAAUAGCAUUUAAAUGGGGGGAAAUGGGUACAUUUGAUGUAAUCAAAUCUGAAAACAAAAAUAGUAAUUGAUCCAAAUGAGAAGAGAUCAAAGCUUUAAGGAGGCAAGCAGAAAGAUAAAAAGAAUGUAGAGUCAAAAUUAUUGCAAAAACUGAACAGGAAAUUGAGGGGGGUAGGUUUCUGAACAGGAGCACGUUGUGGGAUAAAGCAGUAACCUGUGAGAGCAAGUUUAGUAAUCAGGAUAGCCUGAGGGAAAGGUUAAACUGUUAAACUGCAUUUAUUUCCAUGCUCAAGCUUUAACAGGUAAAGCAGCUGAGCUCAGAGUGGGGAUUGGGCCUGAGGACUGGGAUCUUAUAGCCAGAACAGAGAGACAUGGCUGCAUGGAGGCCAGGUCAGGCAUCCAGGUGCUGCAGGCCUGACAGGGGUUUAGGUGAAUUGGGAAGUGGUGUAGCCUAAAUGGAAGGUGUAACAGCAGCGCUGAGCAAUGAUACUCUUGGGGGAUCAUCAGUGAGAUUAUGUUACCCGUCUAAACCCAGGCACACUGAGGCCGGUAGUUUCACUGUCCGUGAUGUCGGAUGUUACCCGUCUAAACCCAGGCACACUGAGGCCGGUAGUUUCACUGUCCGUGAUGUCGGAUGUUACCCGUCUAAACCCAGGCACACUGAGGCCGGUAGUUUCACUGUCCGUGAUGUCGGAUGUUACCCGUCUAAACCCAGGCACACUGAGGCCGGUAGUUUCACUGUCCGUGAUGUCUGACUUGCUCAUCAGCUAACAGCAUGUAGGCUUCUCAUCCUGCUUAAUCCAGCUGAGGUGCUGCACACCUUCUAUAAAUGAAAUAGUCCAGAAACAAUUCUAAAGCAUGGACAAAGAUAAUCAGAUCUGGGAAUUUUCUUUUAUUUUUCUGAAACAUCUAAAAAUAGUCCUGCUGUAUGCAUGCUUGUCCUCGAGCUGCAUUCUUUCAUAAGUAAUGAUGCCAGACACUUAAAUUGCUACCAUAGCAAUUUUGAAGGAAAUUUCCAGGAUAAUUUUGCAGUGUCAUUCUCAUUAUGACAACUGCUAAUAUGAAUAACCUACAUGAAUAUGAACACAGUGCUCCUCGCUUGAAGUUGACAGUUCAGUAAAUGUCGAGUUUGUUCAGGAGCUGGGGCUGGGGGUAGGAUGGGAGUACUUGAGUCACACUGUGAGGCACUGAUUACGUUUUACCCAUUAUAUCACUUUCAGUUUGAGUCAAGUGUCAAUAGAAAGCAUGUAGAAAUGUUGCUAAUCAUGAACUGAGGGAUUGCUAAGCUUAAAAAAUGUUUAUUUUCUAUGUAAUUAAUUCAUGUUCUCAAUUUUAUUCAUGGUCAGUAAUUGAUUUCCAUGUGUUAAGAAUAUUAUGCAUAAGGCUUAAUAAGGCCCAAACCUGAGCCUCUGUACCUCCCUCUGCAACUGGAUCCCUGACUUCCUCCUCAGGAGACCACAGUCAUUGCAGAUCAAAAAUAGCAUCUGCUCCUCGCUGACAACCAACACUGGCACACCUCAAGGAUGUGUGCUUAGCCCACUGCUUUAUCCUCUCCUAAACCCAUGGCUAUGUAGGCAUAGUUCAAACAGCAUCUAUAAUUUUGCUAAUGACCAUAAGACCAUAAGAUAUAGGAGCAGAAUUAUGCCAUUUGGCCCAUUGAGUCUGCUUCACCAUUUUAUCAUGGCUGAUCCAUUUUCCCUCUCAGCCCCAAACUCCUGCCUUCUCCCUGCAUCCCUUCAUGCCCUGAUAGAUCAAAUUCACCACUAUCUGGCUAAAGAAAUUCCUCCUCAUCUCCAUUCUAAAAGGACGUCUUUCGAUUCUGAGGCUGUGUCCUCUAGUCUUAGAUUCUCCCAUCAAAGGAAAUAUCCCCUCCACAUCCACUCUAUCAAGGCCUUUCACCAUUCGAAAGGUUUCAAUUAGAUCACCCCUCAUUCUACCAAUUUUUAGUGAAUACAGGCCCAGAGCCAUCAAACACUCUCCUUAUGACAAACCAUUCAAUCCAGCAAUCAUUUUUGUGAACCUCCUUUGACCCCUCUUCAGUUUCAGUUAGUCCUUUCGAAGAAAAGGGGACCAAAUCCUGCUCAUGAUACUCGGUGAAGUCUCACCGGUGCUUCAUAAAGUCUCAGCAUUACACCCUUGCUUUUAUGUUCUAGUCCUCUUGCAAUGAAUGUAACACUGCAUUUGCCUUCCUCACCACGGACUCAACCUGCAAAUUAACCUUUAGGGAAUCUUGCAAAAGGACUCCCAAGUUCCUGUGCACCUUAGUUUUUUGUAUUUUCUCUCCAUUUAAAAAUUAGUCAACCCUUUCAGUUCUUCUACCAAAAUGCCCAUUCUCCUAAUGUAUCUAAGUCCUUCUGUAGCCUCUUUACUUCCUCAAAACCACCUGCUGCUCCACCUAUCUUUAUAUCUUCUGCAAACUUUGCAACAAAGCCAUCAAUUCCAUCAUCCAAGUCAUUGACAUGUGAUGUAAAAAGCUAUUGUUGACAAAUUCUGUUGGCAGAAUUUCAGAUGGUGAUGAGCAAGUGUACAGAAGCAAGAUAGGUUAGCUGGUGAAGUGGCGUCACUCACAAAACAGCCUUGCACUCAAUGUCAAUUAGACCAAGGAAUUGGUUGUUCACCUCAGAUAGGGGAAGUCAGGGCAACACACACCAGGACUCAUCGAGGGAACAGCAGUGGAAAGGACGAGCAGUUUCAAGUUAGAAACAUAAAAAACCUACAGCACAAUACAGACCCUUCAGCCUACAAUGCUGUGGCAAACAUGUCCUUACUUUAGAAAUUACCUAGGGUUGCCCAUAGCCCUCUAUUUUUCUAAGCUCCAUGUGCCUAUCCAGGAGUCUCUUAAAAAACCCUAUCGUAUCCGCCUCCACCACCAUCGCCAUCGCGGGCAGCCCAUUCCAUGCACUCACCACUCUCUGUGUAAAAAACUUAACCCCGUCAUCUCCUCUGUACCUACUUCUAUGCACCUUAAAACUGUGACGUCUCAUGUUAGCCAUUCCAGCCCUGGGAACAAGCUUCUGACUAUCCACACAAUCAAUGCCUCUCAUCAUCCUCUACUCCAGUUCUUGGAAGCCAGUGUUUGAGGAUCUAUCCUGGGCCAAACACGUUGGUGCAAUUACAAAGAAGGCACAGCAACAACGAUAUUUCAUUAAGAGUUUGGAGAAACUUGGUGUAUCACCAAAGACUUUCACAAGUUUCAAUAGAUGAACUAUCAAGAGCAACUAACUGGUUGCCUCACCAGCUGGCAUAGAGGGGCAUAGGAUCAGAAAAAGCUGCAGGAAGUUGAAAACUCAACCUGCGCCACCAUGGGCAUUAGCUAUCCCAACAUUAAGGACACCUUCAAAAGGUGAUGUCUCAAAAAGGCAGCAUCCUUCAUUAAGGACACCCCUUCAUCCAAGACAUGCCCUCUUCUCAUUGCUGCCAUCAAGAAGGAGGUACAGGAGCCUGAAGAUCCACACUCAACGAUUCAGUACCAGCUUCCUCCCUUCUGCCAUCUGAUUUCUGAAUGGACAAUGAACCCAUAAAUAAUAAAUCACUUGUUUUCUCUUUUUUGCACUACUUAAAAUAAUUCUAAUGUAUAUAUUCUUACUGUAAUUUAUAGUUUCUUUAUUAUUAUUAUGUAUUGCAUUGUACUGCAGUCGCAAAUCAACAAAUUUCAUGACAAA